UAUAUUGAUAUUAUCAAUCAAUAUCUUACCGAUGGAAUUUUAAUAAACAACUUUCAGUUUUAUUAUGAUAAUAAAUGAGUGUUAAGUAAUAUUUGGUUUCCUAUUUCACUAAAAGAAUUAUGUUAUUAUUAUUAAGAAUCUGGGGACGGAAAACACCAUUCACUGGAAUCCUUUAUCUUAUUAUUGGCCUAUUUCUAAUUUAUUUUUACUGCGAGUAUAUUAUUUAUUAUGUUAUUCAAAUUCAGUGCGGAUGGCCGGCUCUCACGAAAAAAGCUGUAGAUGGAGUAAAACCAGUGCAAGCAAUGGUUCUGGCCGAUACUCAUUUACUCGGCUCUCGUAACGGUCAUUGGUUUGAUAAAUUGAGAAGAGAAUGGCAGAUGCACAGAGCUUUUCAAACAGCUAUGACUAUACAUCAACCAGAAAUCAUUUUUGUUUUAGGAGAUUUAUUUGAUGAGGGUAAAUGGUGUACACAGAAGGAGUUUGAUGAGAAUGUAAAGACAUUCUUUAACUUGUUUAAAGUACCAGAUGGUACAACUAUGUAUUUUGUGGCUGGCAAUCAUGAUAUUGGAUUUCACUACAGCAUUACACCACAACUUCAUAGUAGAUUUGAAAAGCAGCUGGAUGCGCCUCCUGUCAAACUAGUAAGUCUUCGGGGGAAUCAUUUUGUCCUUAUCAACUCUAUGGCAAUGGAAGGAGACGGUUGUGUAUUAUGUUCUCGAGCUGUGGAAGAAAUUGAUAAAAUAGCUGAUAUUUUAAAAUGCAGUAGUGGAUCAGCGCUUUGCAAAAGUCAUAUUAAACUGGAACGGUAUAGCCAGCCCAUAGUGAUGCAGCAUUACCCAUUGUACAGAGAAUCGGACAGUCUAUGCACGGAGCCCGACGCGGCGCCUUUACCGGAGAGAAACAAUUUAUUUGUGGAGCGUUGGCACUGCCUCUCUAAGGAGUCGACGGAGUAUCUAGUGGAGAGUCUGCACCCGCGCGCCGCGUUCGGUGCGCACACGCACCACAGCUGCAUGCUGCGACACAGUUUCGUUCCAACUGAGAGCCACAAGAUUGAGUUCGUAGAGUACACGGUGCCAUCCUUCUCCUGGGGGAACAGACCCGAUCCUAAAUAUUAUUUGUUGACGGUGAGUCCGGAAGAAGUGAAAGUAUCUAAGUGUGCGAUGCCUCACGAGUGGAACAUGCAGGUGACAGCCAUUGUAAUGUUCCUGUUGCUUCUUCUAUACUGCAAAUACAUCAUUUCAAAACCUACACCAGCCAACUACAAAUUGCUAACCGGCAAAAAGGUGUAAAUCGUAGAUGUGAGUAAUGUUCUAUUAAAGUGGAAAAUUUAUUAUUAGAUUUAGUCAAUAUCUAUCCCACCGAAAAUUCAGCCUUCACUUGAUAUUAUUGUACUAUAAAAUUAAUUUAUAAGACGUUUAAUUUAUUUUUUUGUUAAGACUGA